GCUGAGAAUAACCGAGAAGUAAGACUUUUUUUAUUAUUUUUUUCAAUCAGAAUCAGUUUUGUUGGCCAAGUAUGUUACAAGACACACAAAGAAUUUGUGUCCGGUAGUUGGAGCCACUCUAUUAUGACCACAGACAGCUACUGUGACGAAAUAUACAUUUAGGACAUAAAAAAAUGUGUGUUGAGAGUCACUGAGCAAUGAAAGUCUACCACUAGUGUGGUGAUACUGAUAUAGUGGCAAUUGCUAAAAUGAUGCAGUCCUCAAGCUAUUUAGAGCAAUUUAAAGUGACUAAUAGUGCAAUGAUCUGGUACAGUGAUGAUUGCGCAAAUGGUGCAGAGAGUUCUCAAACACGAGUGGCCAGUAGUAGUCAGCAACAAUAUGCAAAUAGUGCAGCGUGAUAAAACAGUAAGUGUACGAAUAAGAAAGAUGUGAAAAAUUGGCAGCAUGUUGCAAUAAAAUUGUAAGUUAACUGUUCAAGAAGUUAAUGGCACGAGGGAAGAAGCUGUUGGAAUGUCUCCUGGUUUUAGUUUGCAUUGUUUGAUAACGUCUACCUGAGGGAAGGAGCUAGAAUUGGUGGUGACCAGGAUGUGGAGGGCCCAAGAGGAUUUUGCGUACCCUUGACUUAGUCCUGCCAAGCGUGCAAGUCCUCAAGAGUGUUUAGGUGGGGACCAAUCAUUUUUUCCGCAGAUUGUUUCAAAUGUUCUGUAUUACUAGCACAUGCUUUGAUGCUGACAAAAAAAGUAAACCUCAUGAAAAUGGGUUGAGAAAUGAAGACGUUAUGCAUUUAUUUUUCAAUAUACAUGCAUUGCCUUUGAUGGGGACGUUGCCUCCACCACGCCUUUUUAUUUAGUUUAUGUACAUAAUAAGAUUAUUGUUCCCAGUAUUAAAGGUGCCAUAUUUUACCAAACCAACAAUUUCUAGAAUUUGGGAUGUUAUAUUGCCUCUAAGGUUUCUCAGUAAACGUGAAAUAUGAAUUAAAAUGCCUGCAAUGCUUGGGGCGAACCACAUAAGUGUUUUAGGAAGCUAGCUUGUUGAAUUCUGGCUCGCUGGCAGUAAAUUAUGUCAUGUUUGAGCAUAAACAUAUUUAAAACCUAUGUAUUGCCCCACUGCCAAAAUAAAACUGUAAAGCUACCAAAUUGAAUAUAGCCAUAAUUUGCUCAUUUUGAAUGUUUCACUCCCGCUGUAACGUUCGGUCGUAAAUGUGUUUAAAACAAAUCUAGCUUUUUUAAUUUUUUAACUAUUUAUGGUGUAUAUAAAAUAUAAAAUACAUUUUCCCCUAAGUGUAAAGUGUUUUCCGUUAUCUGGGCAAAUAUGUCUUGCCGUUUGGCACCCACACACGUUGUGUUGUGAGGCAGUGGCGAAACGGCCGCGAUCCGCAGCCCAUUGCGAGCGGUUAGAGAAGCCGCUGAAGGUCCAGCACAACAGUGUUAGUGCUGUUAGCCUCACAGUGUCAGGAAAAUUCAUCCAGGGGACCGGAGCGUGUCGCGUGGCUUUGGCUGCUUAUGGACCACCAUUCUGUGACCACAGAAGCGUGUUGCCUACUGAAUUUCAAAGUCGGGAAAAUUGUCCUGGUGUCACAGUUUAUGGUCAUGAGAGGCUUCUCCCUCUGCAGCCCGUGAAAGUGUCUGAUAUCUUGGUCACUGGAAAGGAGCCGUAAGAGAAGUAAGGUGGUACAUGCAUGUUCUCCCCGUGCCUCCGUGGGUUUUUCCUCCCACAUCCCAAAAACAUGCAUGGUAGGUUAAUUGAAGACUCUAAAUUGCACGUAGGUGUGAAUGUGAGUGCGAAUGGUUCUUUGUUUUUAUGUGCCCUGCGAUUGGCUGUCAACCAGUUCAGGGUGUAACCCGCCUCCUGCCCGAUGAUAGCUGGGAUUGGCUCCAGCACUCCCGCGACCCUUGUGAGGAUAAGCGGCUCAGGAAAUGGAUGGAUGGAUGUUAUAUGCAAAACAUAAAAUGAGUCCGUGACAUGCUUUAAUUUUGACAACUACGCGGUUUGUCGUUUGAAAGCAAAAGCCAAUAAAGGCUUGCAAAUCUGGUGGAUUUGAAAUUGCCGUCUUUGUGACGUAGCUUCAUCAGUUAAUAUUCAAAUACCUGCCCACAUUGUGGUUGGUACCCACCCACACAACUCAGCUGAACAGCCACACAUCCUUUCCAGGUUUUAAGCCAGUGCGUUUCAGCCAUACAAAUAUAGUCUAUAAGUAUACGUUAAGUUUUGUUUUACAAAAAUACUUAACUAUACUUUUAAUUUUUAAUGUAACUGUGGAUCAAAUAGUGAAUUUACAUUCAUUGUCAUCAGCAAUGAUCGUUGUGUGCAGGUUCAAUUCAAAUGAAUGGAAUCGGAUGACAAGCAUAAACUCAAAAUAUCCCCCUCGCUUUUAAUUUUCACCCACGCCCCCUUUCAGCUCACGUUCCCCAUUAGUGGGUCAACAAUCCAAACCUUGGUGAAUUGUGCUUCACAAUAACUGUAAGACAUUGAAGGUUCCAAACGCAAUGUCGCUAUCAUCACUUGGCCGCCAAACACACAAGAAGCCGUGAUAUCACCAAGAACCAAUCAGAGCAAAGCUCUUUUCCAUAUGUCAAUUGAGAAUAAGAGCCAUCCAAUCAGAGCAAAGCUUCUUUGCAUAUUUAAAUUGAUAAUAAGAGCCAUCCAAUCAGAGCAAAGCUUAUUUACAUAUUGAAUAUUAAUGAGAAAUCCAUUCAUCUCAAUUAUCAGGCGUAAAAGACCAAGAAUGGUUUGAAAAAGGGCAUCUUGGACAUUUCCAACUCAACUUAUAUUGCAAACCCGAUAAAACGACUUCAAAGAAUAUGAAAAAUAAAACAAAAUAUUCAAUUGAAUGGGACCUUUGAAAAGCAAAUUUCCUUCCAUAAUAUUCUAUUUAAAUAAACAGCCCUCAAACGUCAAUGUGUCGCUUGAGUUGGAAUGAACGUUCAUCCAUUAAUUGGCCAGGGGGCGCUACUGUGAAUAAAUAAUUUCCCUAAAUACAAGUAAGUGUAUUUUUUUUUUCUGAUCAGAAAUUUGUCGAUGUCGCUCUCAAGAAGUCAAACUCAUAGGCAGCGUUUGUCUGUGAUGUUGUUAACCUAAUCAAGUUCUGACGUUGAAGAAUUGUUUUCAUUGAUGAAAUGAUUUGACCUCAACCAUGUCUGAACAGACGGAGGUAGCACUGCUACUGGACCACUAUUUGUGGACAGUAAUCCAUCGUUUAUUGUGGGGGUUAGGUUCCGGACCAUCCCGCAAUAGGGGAAAUCCGUGACGUAGCAACCACAUAUUCUGUUAAAGCUGUAUGAACUGCCCAAGAUUCUUAUACUUUUAUCCACACUCCCAUUAACCUCUACAUACUCUUAUAAACACUUUCUAUAAACACUCACACGCUGAAACACCUCUUAAACUUAAACAUACAGUGAUGCACAAUAGUACUGUAAAAUAUGUACAUUUGCACAUUUUAUUCUUUGUAAUAUGUUUUAAUGAAUUUUUCUUUUGUUUUUUUACAGUUUUGUUUGAAGCGAGGAAACAUUUAUUGUACCCCCAAAAAGUAUAUUUGGCAAAUUAUGCGCAGUAUGAAUAUGAAAAAAAAAAAAAAAAAAACAUCCGCAAUGCACUGAAUCCACAUUGGGCAAACUGUGAUAUCACGAGGGAGCAUUGUACAUAGCUAUCUGACAAAGCAUAAAUGAGCCUUCAGAGCCCAUUUUCCUUUAUUUUCAUUCUGGGGCAGAGGCGGAUUGUGCCAUUAAUUUAAUUUAGAAUAAAAUGUGAAAAAGUGAAAAUAAAUUCCGCUUGACACAUUCAUGCAAAUUUGAACCAACAUAAAAUGUUUCUUAAUUGCUGCAUGUGCCACUUUUCCACAAAUAUUUGUGUAUCAAGUUUUUGUGUAAUUGUGCUACUCCUACGACUUUCUUAACAAACCAUGCAACCGAUGCUGAUUAAAUGUGGUUGAAUAAAGAUUGAACAUGGCAAUUCUGUGAACCACAAAAUCACAAAUUUCCUGGGUAAUUUGAUUUCAGAAGCAAUGCAUGGAAUAGCACAAAGGCUUAGUAUUUUUAGUGUAGCAGUGUUGCAAAAGGCAUGUAUUAUUGAGGCUACUUGAGACCUGUUUUCGUUGCAUAUGCCAUUUUGAAAUUAUCACAACACUUUUGGAUAGGCAGCCUCCUAUUGUUUGUGUGCAUUAAAUGAGAAGGUUUAAUCCACUCGCUCAUUCGCAUUUUUUACAUAUUUUAUAUUAGCUGGAAAAUUACAAUCUUAAGAUAUUAAAAUAAAAUAAAACAUAUUUUUACAAUAGAAUACACUAUAUAAUACUAUAUACACUAGUACUGUAUUUCUACAUAGAGAGGUAGAUAUGGUGAUAGGUCCUAAGAUACUAGGAUGCAAGAAGCCCAGAUGAGGAGAGACAGUGUUGAAAGAAGGACUCUCUGAUCCUCCAUCAUCUGCAGGAAGGGGAAAACACAUACGCGCGUGCACACACAGACUCCCACAUACACGCACGAGCGCACUGUGCUGAGCACUAGCAAGGAGCUUUAAACCGUUUCACCCGAUACCAAGACAAAGGAACACUAACCCCACGACAAUGGAGGAAAACAUGGAUGAAUCACAAAGCCAGAAAGGGAAUCUGGAGUUCGUACCAGCUGACUUGACUGACUGAAAAAGACAAAUCAGAAUUUGGAAUGACUGAGGAAAAACAUUAAUGUAUAUACAAUAAUAUAAUAUGGUCAACAAAAGAAAAAAAAUGUCAAAGUUAAGUGCAGGUUGUAAGGAGUGUUGCGAGCGAUGUGUGGGUAGUUUGCCCUGGGCAUCCCUCAUUGCCACCAUCCUCCUCUAUAUGGGCGUGGCCUUGUUCUGUGGAUGUGGCCAUGAGGCAUUGAGCGGUACUGUCACCAUCCUCCAGAACUACUUUGAGGUCAUCAGAGCCCCUGGAGAAACACUGGAUGUGUUCACCAUCAUUGACAUCCUGAAGUACAUCAUCUAUGGCCUUGCAGCUGGAUUCUUUGUCUUUGGAGUGCUGUUGCUGGUGGAGGCAUUUUUCACCACUGGAGCAAUUAGGGAUCUGUAUGGAGAGUUCAAGAUUACUGCUUGUGGACGCUGCCUGACUGCAUUUCUGAUGUUCCUGGCCUACUUAUUUUUCCUGGUGUGGCUGGGUGUGACAGCAUUCACCAGCCUGCCGGUCUUCAUGUACUUCAAUGUUUGGUCCAUGUGCAAGAACACCAGCCUGGUUGAGGGAGCCAACCUCUGCCUGGACCUGCGCCAGUUUGGGGCUGUGACCAUAUCAGAGGAGAAGAAGGUUUGCACGGGAUCUGAGAAGUUCUUCAAGAUGUGUGAAUCUAAUGAGCUGGACUUGACCUUCCAUCUGUUCGUGUGUGCAUUGGCCGGAGCAGGAGCUGCUGUGAUUGCAAUGGUCAAUUUUCUGAUGGCAUUGGCUGCUAACUGGGGAUACCUGAAGGAUGCCAGUCGGAUGCAGAAAUAUGAAGAUAUCAAGUCGAAGGAGGAGCAGGAGCUGCAUGACAUCCACUCUACACGCUCCAAAGAACGCCUCAAUGCCUACACAUAAACACAUGAGAUGGGAAACAAUGCACUCACUUACCGAACAGACACGCAAAACAAUUUAUCCGCACACAGAAACUUGCAGCAACAGUCAUGGAUAGAAGGAUAUCAUAACAUAUUAUACAAUACACACCAGUAAAGAACAUAUAUACAGAUCUGUGGUCGGCAGCAAAGGUGAUGAAAAGAAAAACAGUGAUCUCUUUCGUGUGCUCCCGUUGAUCUUGCCUUGGUGAUCUACAGUGUGCUAAUAUGCUAAACAUCAACCACAUGAAGUGAAAGUUAACCUUGGGUUUGCUAAGACUUCUUCACAUCCAAUGGGACAUUAGAGAUUAUCUUUACAUUUAGUAGUUUAUGAUGGAAUCAGACCUUCAUUAAGAUGGGAAACCCUUGACAAUUCUGUCACAUAUAGUGCAUACAAAUACAAAUGCUGUUUAAGGAUAGAUAAUGUUUGACAGUGCAUAACAGUAACCAGUUUUGACUAGAAUAAAGAAAUAACCAGAUAAUUCUCAGAAAGCAAACCUACAUAUAAAAAUUCAAGAUAAAAUAUGAUAUGCCCAAGAAAUGAAGACCUUUCCUUUGCAGGCCAUAGUAGUUGACUGAUGGUUAAUAUUAAUCCCGUAUGAAUGUGCAGCGCUUAACACAUUUAUUAGACCAACUGUCAUAAAGGUGAGAAAAUACCAUCCAGCAUCAUGAAGGACUUAAAUGUAGACUAUUUCAAUUGCAGUGAGCUUUCUGCAUUUUAGCAUUUUAGCAAGAAUGAGUAAUUUCAAACUGAAUCCAUCUUUUCAUAGCCAAAUUUGAGCCGGCCCACUGGGUGUGUCUGAGAACUAGGAAAUUAAUCAACCAUAACACCAACAUUCAACCACUGACACAGUUUUUCUGAGGUAUAUACUUCUAACUAAUGACUAUAAUUUGGCAUCUUAAUCAACAAAUUAUAAUGUGCAUUACUAUUUUAUUGAAUUUUUUUCUAAAACAGAAAAUUUGAAAAUUCAAAAGAUAAUAAUAAUUACAGUUUAGCUUUAAAAAAAAAGUUUAAGGGCUUUGACACACUGGUGUAUUAACUGUUACAAUUUUAAAAUGUGGCAUAAUCCUUACAAUGAGGUGGUGGUCAAAUAAAAAUGUUAAGCACCUUACAUAAUGUAACCGAAAAUAAACCAUCCUUACAAAUGUCCGCUGCGCGCAUGACACACUAAAGCAACGAUCAGCAGAAGAAACACGGAAGAUUUCAUUGUCCUUAAGAUCAUCUAUUCAAGGGGGGUGGGUAAUAUCAAGACACUACCAUCAAGAACCUCAAUACCCAUCACACUAACACAAACACACAUACACACACACACUCACACACAUAUAGAUGUGGCUGAAUGGUCAGUGUUGUGCAGGCAACGUUGUAUGGUGGUGUCAUGCUGUGCUGUCCUUUACCCACAUUAUGAUGACUGGUAUUGCAAAUAAAUAUGGUUCCCGAGGAAGUUAGUACUUAAAUGAGUACAAACGGGUAGCUUGACUCACUUCUCAUCCCUGACCAAAUCUUUUCCUAGCUCUCAUCUGGAGCCCAGUUUCAUCAGUUGUGUCUUAUACAGUAGCCUACUCACUUCCUAUACAGUAAAAACAAGUCUACAACACAAAUGGUCAUUUUCAUAGCAGGUUGUGGCAUCUUCUUUUUUUUAAUUUAAUCUAAACGUGCUGAAGAAUGUUUAAAAGUUAAUUCAUUAUAUGAAUCCAAACUUAUAUUUUCUACAUAAGAUGACAACAUAUGCCAGAAAAUUGAUAGUAGACAAAUCCGACUUUGUGUUAUUUAUACUGUAUACGCAAUGUUUGACUUGUUAAAUUCACAAUUUGCACUUAAGGUGGCUAGUCAUUUGAGACAACUGUGAAAUUGGGCUUCUCUCCCCUUCCUCUCUGACAAUGUUUGUGUAAACAUGUACUUUGUCCUCCAGAAACAGCACAUCUUAGCAGCACAAAGUCUUAUAAAAUGCCAUGUCAGUGUCAUAUUGUUAAGACUACAUUUUUGUCACUUUUUUGAAUUUUUGCCGAAUUUUUACCAGCAUUAUUCAUAUGUAAUUUUAAUAUUGGGGUACCUGCAAAGGGCAAGUGUGUAAGUGGGGAGGGGGGGGGGGGGGGGGGGUCGUUAUUACAUUCACAGUUUCAUGUGAUUCUGCACAAACAACUACACAAAAAAACACACGUGUGAACACCAGUCAUUGUGAGACUUUGAUUCUAUGGUUUUUCUGUCAUGUUCAGUAGUUUAUGUCUUUGUAUACCAGGCUCUAAUUAUACCAAAACUUGCUCUUUUGUCUUGAAAAUAAUCCAGAUCCUCACUAGAACAGACAAACUCGUCCUUGGUAUCAUGAAGAGAUAACUGUGACUUGUGAAGGGUAUCUUGGUUGAGUAGUAGUGGCUUUCUAGGUCAGGUUGAGCAUGUGUUUUUUUUUUUUUUUUUUUUGGGGGGGGCGGGGCCUUCAGUCCUAACUGGAUCUUUUCAGAGGUGAAUGAUUUUACAGAAGCAUAGGUCUCAUAUAUUUUGAGGGCCUUUACUCGACAUGUGGUGGAUAGGCAUCACAGGAGAGCCACGAGAGGGAAACUAUUGUUCGCUUUAACAGUCAUCAUUUUGUAUUAUUUCAGUGCUUUUAUAUUAUAUGCCACAGUACCCUUUUAUGGAUUAAGAUCUACAUUGCAGGUUUAUUCAAAUGCUAUCACAAGGCAUUUUUGUUUGUACUAAGUGCGACAAAACUGAUUAGUAAAAUCAUCGUGUGCUACUAAUAAGCUCUAAGGGAAUGUGAGUCUCUAUCUGCCAGUAGAGAUGGUUGAAAGAUUAAUAGCGAUCUGUAUUGUUGAGAUGAGGAUAAUUGAUUGAUUAAUGGUUUGAUGAGGAGAAAACCAACAGAGAAAUACACGCACACACACACACACACACAAACCCCAUUAUUGCCAUCACUCUGAGCCAUAACGCUGCUCUUUUAUUGUUCACUUUAGCAUUUCACUAUUUUAUGAAGAACUUUUAAUCCUAUUUUUGUCAAAUCCUAUAAUUACAAAAGGGUGUCUAAAAAAUAGUAAAUCCACUGCACUUAUAUAGGUCAAUUCAUGUCUUUUUUUUUGUCUAACCAGUAAUAUGCACUGCACUUACAAAUAUUCUGUAUAAAUAUACGUACAGUACAUAUGCCAAGAAAAUUAUUUCUGAUAGGUAACAGAGUCUGAAGGGUGAAGUUUAGACUCAGUUGUCCAGCUUCACGUCAUUAGAGCGGUAUUUACGGUACACACACACACACACACACACACACACACACACGUGUGUAGGCACGCACACACAGGCACGCAUGCACACACAGAGUACUGGUGGAAGACAAAAUUGUAUGAAAUAUUUUUUCAAUAGUUGAGCUUGUUAAGACAAAUGCUGUUCCUAUUUUGACAUAUUAUGAUAUGGUAAAAUAAAUUUACCACUUUACACAAAUUGGGUGCAAAACGUUAUAGACACUGUAUUUGACUAUGAAUUGAAAAUGAAGGCAAAAUCAGAUGCAAUUUGUUUUCCCAAGGAGCUUUAAAAACAUCAAAACAGCAUCAUGUAGAAAACCAAUGUGAUAUGAUUGAAUGUAUCGAAACCUAAAUUAAACCAACUUAGACGCGACGAGGGUUCGUGACAAUGUAAAUGCAGCCUGGAUGAGGCACAAUAGGCACCGUUCACCAGACAGUUCCUGUGUUUUGGGGUGUCUUGGCUGAAUACAGUCAGUAUUUUUAAGGGUCGAGUUUUACAGUAACAGUAUUCAUUUCAUAUCAUCUCAUUGCCUGACAUUGGAAGUCGUCAGUGUUUUUAACCUCAGAAACAAAAAAAUGUUUUGUGCACUUAUUGACGAUUGUGAGCUCUCUAUCUCUCUUAUUCUUGGUGUAUGUGCAUUGACGUCCCCUUUGUGGGAUCUGUGUAUAGUCUUGCGGCAUUGGUAUAACCUGAAAAAGUAACAAUGAUGAAAAUGAAUUAAUUCAUAAAAAUAAAGAAAAUCUUAUUCUAGGUUAAUUUAAAAAAAGACUGUGAAUCUAGUUGUUGUUUGUGGCAUGGUUAUGCAUUCAAUGGUCAUCAUUUUAAUGAUUAAACAGUACAAAAAAUAUUUUCCACUAAUGCUGUUCUGCUAUUUUUGUUUUGUUUUUGACUUUUUAGCUUGCGGUAUUGAAGUCCUAGUUGCUAAUGGUGUUGCUAAGCUAGCUAGCUUGUUUAGUUGUUUACCACCAGAGCAAUACAUUGUACCAGUUUAACAAAAAUAACAAUUAAAUAUGAAUCCUUAACCUGAAUUUUUUUGGCUAACAAGUGCAUGACAAAACUGCAAGUCUUAAGUGAUAUGAUUAAUAGUGUUAUUUAUUGUUUUUCAAGAGAUUUGCAGCUAUGAUGUAAUGUAUUGCUCUGGCCGCCCAUUAUGCACCAACCCACUUCAGCGCACAUCCUUUGCCUCUUUCUAUCACAUGAAUUCACUAUUCACUUUUGGCAAACUUGAAAUUUUAAUGAGUUUCUUGGUCUCGGCCCUUGAAACUGCGUUGCCAUCGAAUCACCAUGUUACCUAGCAACAAGCCAAAAAAAUUUUUUAUGAGCAACAGUCAAAAGGGGGAGAAAAUUGCUGUAGGCCGUGAUGACUGGUGCUACCAUGGUUCAAAAUUAUGUAAAGAACCAAUUACAUUUUUCCCGGACCGGAAAUCUUUAGUGUGAAUCAAGAAUGUCACAACUGGCAUUAGAAAGUGGAAAAGGAUGUGAGCUGCUUGCGCUCCAUUUGUUUGAAUCUCCUUGUGAAAAUGUUUGUAUUGACACAUGCUAAUCCUGCGUCCUUCUUGUCUACCCGCUGUCCGGUGCUUAAUUGGACUAACACUAACAUUCCACCUCCCUGGCUUUUGUCGUGUGUGAUUUCAGCAUGAAACAAAUCUUCAAAAACAUAAAAUGUGAUUCCUAUCAUUCUGUGAGAUUUUAUUUUUAUUUUGACUAUGUACCUGGAAUGCUACAGUGUGAGUUCUGCAGCUCAAAUCGUCAACUCUGAAUUACAGGAUGAACAAUCAGCUCUGUUCUUGAAUUAAUUCAGCUCUUGACCAUCAUGAGCUCCACCCCAGAGUUAAAAACUGAUAUGAGGGUGCCACUUAAAAUGAUUAUCAGCUAUAUACACAAACAUCAAGGUUGGACAUUUUGGACGUAGGGAGAUUUUGUUUUUUUUCUUCGUUUCCAUAGUAGACAUUUUGUACUCCACUCUCGUUGCUUAGUAGCAGGCUUUCUUUGAUUCACUCCCCCAUUUUUUGUACAUAUCUGUGCCAACAGCUUGGGCAGACAGUGGCUUUUUUUAUUUGUAAAGACAUAAACUUGCUUGCUUAUAUAAAUAAAAUGAAAUAUUACACUUG